AUGGGCGGAGAGGACGAGUUUUAUGUUCGUUAUUACACUGGUCACAUGGGACGUUAUGGUCAUGAAUUUCUUGAAUUUGAGUUUCGUGCCGAUGGACGAUGUCGUUAUGCAAAUAACUCAAAUUAUAGAAAUGAUAGUUUGAUAAGAAAAGAGAUGUAUGUAAGUCCGUUAAUGAUGAAAGAAUUGAAACGGAUAAUCCAAGAAAGUGAGGUCAUGAAAGAAGACGAUUCGCGAUGGCCAAAAAAGAAUGUUGUUGGACGACAAGAACUUGAAAUUCGGUUAGGCAACGAACAUAUUUCAUUUGAGACUGCAAAGAUUGGAUCGCUUGUAGAUGUACAAGAAAGUGAAGAUCCUGAAGGAUUACGCGUAUUUUAUUAUUUAGUGCAAGAUCUCAAAUGUCUGGUGUUUUCUCUUAUUGGAUUGCAUUUUAAGGUAAAAUCUUUUAAAUUCAUUUUGCAUUUUGCGUUGAGUUUAUUCUCAAAUCCUUCUAUUCAAAAUAUUAUGGCUAAAGGAGACGGACCAGAAUCAAGUAAAAAAGCCGAAAAGAGUUCUGGACUUAUCUUGACAGAUAAGUCUUCUGGCACCACCUGGUCUUUACCAGCUCCAGAAAAGGGUUUAGGCGAUGUUCCAGCACAACCCACAGCUGUAGUUGUUUUACCAAGAAGUUCAAAUACUCAAUCUCUUACGAUAUUGGAUAAUCGUACCAAUAAACUCUAUGAAAUUCCAAUAGACAACAAUACUAUACCCGCGACUAAAUUCAAAGAUAUUACUGCGGAUCCUGUUCCUGGAUCUCGAGAGGAGGAUGAGAGUCGUAAAGGAUUAAGAGUAUACGAUCCAGCGUUUCAAAACACUGCGGUCGCGCACUCCAAAAUCACUUACAUCAACGGCGAUACUGGCGUUUUAAGAUAUCGGGGUUACCCCAUUGAACAACUCGCCGAAAAGUCUACAUACCUUGAAGUCGCAUAUCUUUUGAUUUAUGGCGAAUUGCCAUCAAAGGAACAAUUUUCGAAUUUUUCUCAUGAAGUUAUGCAUCAUACGUUUGUACAUUUUAAUGUCACUCAAUUAAUGCGUAAUUUCAAUUACGAUGCACAUCCUAUGGGACUGUUCAUUAGUGGUAUUGCUGCUAUGAGUACUUUUCACCCAGAUGCUAAUCCGGCCUUGGCUGGAUCUGAUCUGUUUAUUCGUGAUGAAAAAGUACGAAAUAAACAAAUCUUCAGACUUCUAGGAAAAACACCAACUUUGGCCGCUAUGGCAUAUCGUCAUCGUAUUGGCCGUUCGUAUAACCCUCCACAAAAUAAUCUUUCAUAUACAGAAAAUUUCUUGUAUAUGCUUGACCGAUUGUCGGAAGAGAAUUACAAACCAAAUCCAAAAUUAUCCAAAGCUCUUGAUAUUUUAUUUAUUCUUCAUGCAGAUCACGAAUUGAAUUGUUCUACAGCAGCAAUGCGUCACAUAGGCUCCUCUUUAGUUGAUCCAUAUAGUGCGAUUUCCGGUGCUUCAGCUGCUUUAUAUGGUCCACUUCACGGGGGAGCUAAUGAAGCAGUGUUGAGAAUGUUAGAAGAAAUUGGAUCAGCUGAUAAGGUUCCAGGAUUUUUGGAAGAAGUAAAACAAAGAAAAAGAAAAUUAUUUGGAUUCGGUCAUAGAGUAUACAAGAAUUAUGAUCCCCGUGCAAAGAUUAUUAGAAAUAUUGCUUAUGAGGUAUUUGAUGUAUGUGGACGUGAAUCUCUUAUUGACGUUGCAGUUGAAUUGGAGAAAGCUGCAUUGGAAGAUGAAUAUUUUGUAAAAAGAAAACUUUACCCUAACGUUGACUUUUAUUCUGGAUUGAUUUAUAAAGCAAUGGGUUUCCCAACAGAUAUGUUCCCAGUAUUAUUUGGAUGGUUAGCUCAUUGGAAAGAAUCCUUAGAAGAUAAGGAAUCAAAGAUUUGGCGUCCAAGACAAGUUUAUGUUGGGGAAAGUGUCAGAUCUUAUAUCCCAUUAGAACUUCGUGAAGAGGAAGGAAAAGGAGAGGAUGUUUCCAAAGUUUCGCAUCCGUUUAGUAAAAGAAGUUCGGUAGCCGAAUUUGAAAAUAAAAAAUCUAUAUCCAAGUUAUAG